CUGCGGCCCUCGCUUCCGUGUAAAGACUGUUAGCGUCGGACGCUGAACCUCGUGGCCUGCGCUGUGUCUUUCAGCCUCAACGUACAGCCGUCGCUGACGCCCAAUAGGCAGCUGUUCAAGGCACAUAUUGAAGAAGGACAGAAAGAUAUUCUCAGCUGAGAUUCCCUCUGGUGUGAAACACAAGGAAAAAUAUGUCUGCCGCGAUAAGAACGUACGGGAUACACAGUUCUCAACCAAAUUUGACUGAAGACAAUAAUGAGGAAGUUCAAGGAACGAUAUUCCGUAUGCAGUCCGUCGAGGAAAAAUCGCCACGAAGUAAAUCCGCUUCCAUUGACGGGAACUUCACGCAACCUGUUCAGCCGCAGUCAGAGGAAUCUCCCCCUCCAGUUUCCUUCUUUCAACUGUUCCGCUUCUCGACCGCAUGGGAGCGCUGGCUGCUGGCCCUUGGAGUUUUGGCGGCGGCGGGCGCCGGCGUAGGCGCACCUCUCAGCAACCUGCUGUUUGGAGACCUGACGGGCGUCAUGGUGGACUUCGGGUCCGCCUUGGUCAACGCCACAGCCGCUGGCGAGCAGGUGCCUGACGUGGCGGUGCGUGUCUUCCUGCACGGCGUCCGGCAGUUCGUCAUCUACAGCGCCAUCCUGGGCGCCGCCACCUUCCUCUUCACCUACGUCUGCGUCUUCACCUUCAACUAUGUCGCAUACCGUCAGGUUCAUCGGAUACGUGAUCUAUUCCUGAAGUCUGCCCUGCAGCAGGAUAUUGGCUGGUACGAUACGCAGCAAACUGGGGAGUUCGCAAGCAGUAUGACCGAGGACCUGACUAAACUGGAGGACGGCAUCGGGGAGAAGGUGGCCAUGUUCGUGAUGUACCUGGUGAACGUGAUCGGCGACGUGCUGAUGGCCCUGGCUCGUGGCUGGGAGCUGGCCCUGGUGUGCCUCGUCUGCUUCCCCCUGACCGUCGCCUCCAUCGUCACCACAGAGGUGCUGUCGUCGCGUCUCGUCCAGAAGGAGCUCCUCGCUUACGGAAAGGCUGGAGCCAUCGCAGAAGAGGUGCUCAGCGCCAUCCGCACCGUCAUCGCCUUCGGCGGACAGGACAAGGAGGACAAGAGGUACAACAAGAAACUGAUGGCAGGGAUGAAACUUAGUGUGAGGCGAAACCUGAUCAACGGGCUCGGCAACGGCUUCCAGUGGUUCUGCGCCUUCGGCAGUUACGGGCUCGCCUUCUGGUACGGCGUGGGGCUCAUCCUCAGGGACAGGGACUACCCAGAGAGCGAGAGGCGGUACGAUGCCGCCACCAUGCUCACGGUAUUUUUCUCGGUGCUGAUGGCUUCCUGGAUGUUAGGUAUGGCGUCGCCCUUCAUCGAGGCGUUUUCGAUAGCCAGAGGCGCGGCAGCGAAGGUGUACUCCGUCAUCGACCGGAAAUCACCCAUCAACAGCAUGUCUGAGGAAGGCAAGAGGCUUCUAGCGGUCAAGGGCGAUCUCAUCUUUAAGGACGUACACUUCGAGUACCCGUCACGCAAGGGUGUCAAGAUUCUGCGAGGUCUGAACUUAAGAAUGAAGAGUGGCGAGACAGUGGCGCUUGUCGGAAGUUCUGGCUGCGGAAAGUCCACGUGUAUCCAACUCAUUCAGAGGUUCUACGACCCGCUCCGAGGGACGGUGGAGCUGGACGGCCACGAUAUCCGCAGUCUCAACGUGGGCUGGCUGCGCUCGCAGAUCGGCGUGGUGGGCCAGGAGCCGGUGCUUUUCCAGGCCACCAUCGCGGAGAAUAUCCGCUAUGGGCGGGACACCUGUACCAUGGAGGAUAUCGAGGAGGCCGCUAAGAUGGCCAACGCUCAUGACUUCAUCUCCAAGUUACCGCAGGGCUACGACACGCUGGUGGGCGAGCGCGGCGCCCAGCUGUCGGGCGGCCAGAAGCAGCGCAUCGCCAUCGCCAGGGCGCUGGUGCGCCGCCCCAAGAUCCUGCUGCUGGACGAGGCCACCUCUGCUCUGGACACCGGCAGCGAGGCCAAGGUGCAGGCCGCGCUAGACAAGGCCAGCGUUGGUCGAACGACCAUCAUCGUGGCGCACAGGCUGUCGACUGUGCGCAACGCGGACAGGAUCGUGGUGCUGUCCGCAGGCGGCGUGGUCGAGCAGGGCAGCCACGACGAGCUGAUGGCGCUCAAGGGCCACUACCACACGCUCGUCACUGCCCAGCUGUCCGCCGCCGUCAAGGAGGCCGAGGAAAAGGCGGCAGGAGGCGAACGGCCAGAUCUACAGCGUCUGGUGAGCGUCCGCAGCGAGGCGUCGUCGAUGGCGGGCAGCGACGCGGGUGCCGCAGAGUCGCAGCCGGAGGCUCCGGAGGAGAAUGUGCCGGACGUGGGGGUGGCGACCGUGCUGCGCCUCAACGCGCCAGAGUGGCACCUGCUGGUCACCGGCACCGUGGGCGCGAUCAUCGAGAGCGCCGGCUUCCCAGUCUUCGCUGUCUUGUUCGGAGAUGUUCUCGGGGUGCUUUCGCUCCCAGAUCCUGAUGACGUGUGUAGCCAGACCAACUGGUUCAGUUUGCUGUUCUUCGCUAUCGCUAUCUUCAUUUCCGUGGCCUCAUUCCUCCAGAUCUACGCAUUCGGAAUUGCCGGCGACCGGCUGACGACACGGCUGCGACGGCUCGCGUUCUCGGCGAUGCUGCGCCAGGAGGUGGCCUGGUUCGACGACAAGAACAACAGCACGGGAGCGCUCUGCGCCCGGCUGUCUGGAGACGCCGCUAGCGUGCAGGCGGCCACGGGUCAACGCAUCGGCUCCGUGGUGCAGGCUCUGUGCACACUAGCGCUGUCUGUGAUGGUGUGCCUGUUCUACGAGUGGCGGCUGGGUAUGGUGGCCGUCGCCUUCAUGCCUGUCUUGGUGGUGGCUCAGUACUUCGACGACAGGCUGGUGCUCACGGAAGCCAAGAGCAAGCAGAAGUCCAUGGAGAAGGCGACUAUCGUGGCGGUGGAGGCGGUGGGCAACAUCCGCACGGUGGCGGGCCUGUGUCGCGAGCGGCAGUUCCACGCCAAGUACAUGCUGGAGCUGGAGCCUGCCAUCCGCCUCGCCAAGCGCAACACCUACGUGCGCGCGGCAGUCUUCAGCCUGGCGCGCAGCCUCGGCACCUUCACCUACGCCGUCUGCAUCUACUACGGAGGCUUCCUCAUCGUCUCCGAUAGCGUACCCUACGAAGACGUCUUCAAAGUGACCGAAGCUUUGAUGUUCGGGACUUGGAUGGUCGCUAAUGCCCUGUCAUUCGCUCCAAACUUCAGAAAGGGCCUGAAUGCAGCAUCGAAAAUAGUUCACCUGCUUAACCGCCAGCCCAAAGUAACUGAUACAGAUACUGCGUCGGAUAAAGAAUGGAAGGCGGCCGGGAAUGUGAGCUACUCGGACGUGGAGUUCUGGUACCCGACGCGGCCUGGCGUGAUGGUGCUCAAGGGCCUCAACCUAGAGGUGAGAAUCGGCCAGACGGUGGCACUGGUGGGACCCUCUGGCUGCGGCAAGUCCACCUGCAUUCAGCUGCUCGAGAGGUUCUACGACGCAGCCUCCGGUUCUGUGGCCCUAGACAAACACGACGUUUCUCAAGUUAAAAUGGCUGCACUGCGGUCUCAACUGGGUCUCGUUCAACAGGAGCCAGUUCUCUUUGACAGAACUAUUUCGGAAAACAUUGCUUAUGGUGACAACAGUCGCGAUGUUUCCAUGGAUGAAAUAAUCGAAGUAGCGAAGAAAGCUAAUAUCCACAAAUUCAUUACAGCUUUGCCACAGGGAUACGAAACACGCAUGGGUGAGAAAGGCACACAGCUCAGUGGAGGUCAGAAACAACGGGUAGCAAUUGCAAGGGCUUUGGUUCGAAAUCCACGUGUGCUUUUACUGGAUGAAGCAACUUCAGCUCUGGACACCGAGAGUGAAAAGAUUGUGCAAGAGGCACUAGAUAAGGCGAAAGAGGGUCGGACUUGCAUAACAAUUGCUCACAGGCUCUCUACAAUUCAGGACGCUGACCUCAUUUGUGUGAUCAGUCACGGAAAGGUUGCUGAAAUAGGAAAGCAUGCAGAACUGUUAGCGAAACGUGGCAUCUACUACAAACUUCAUAAUUUGCAGAGUACUUAG